AUGUUCUUGUCCUGCAGUACGAAUAAUCAAGCUUCCACGGUGCUCGAUUAUUUUUUGGAGGCUGUUGGUCAGUUUGGGCUUCCUCAACGUGUACGACAGGAUCAGGGCGUGGAAAAUGUCGACGUAGCUCGGUAUAUGUUUGCUCAUCCAAGAAGGGGACCAAACCGUGGCAGCUACAUAUCGGGCAAAAGCGUACACAAUCAACGUAUUGACAGGCUGUGGCGCGAUGUUUUUAUUGGAUGCAUCUACGUCUACUAUUGCCUUUUCCACUACCUUGAGGAAAACAUGCUUCUUGACAUAAAUAAUGAAAUCCACUUGUUUUGUUUAGCAUAUGUUUUUACGCCCAGAAUAAAGCAACACCUCAGAACGUUUUCAGAAGGAUGGGACAAUCAUCCACUAAGUACUGAGAGAAAUUUUACUCCAAACUAAUUAUGGUUUUAUGGCCUCCAUACAUUAAGUCAAGAAAGCAGUGUGUCCCAAGAGGUUUGGUUGCAGCAACAACCUAAUGAGGUAGUGAAUAUUUAAAACAAUUAUAAUUGACUACAUAACAGUCUAAGAUUAACCCAUUUGCUCAAUUCACUUGGUCUUGGUUAAUCCUUAGUUGGUUAGGGGUACAUUUACAUCUUCCAAUUUGUUGUCAACGAUUCGUAUUUUGGCAUAUGAAAAUUACUGCUGGCGACAAAAUUCUUCUUCGUUUAGUUUAUGGCGAAAUUUGAAAUGCAACAACUUUACGCUUACUUAUUCAAUUACUACACAUGCCAGGAAUACAAAUCAUACAUGACAUAUUGCCUCAUGAAAACGUACCUCAACUCAUUUGGUUAAUUUAAGGUGAAUGGUUAACACAUUAACCCUAAAGCGCACAGUGCUCGAGGGCCAAACCGCCUGUUUAUCAUUUCAACUUACUUGGCCAACCAAACUAUAUGCUCUUAACCAUUAAAUACACAAUAAGGUAUCAAAAUUAUUGUCAGAUACGUUAUAGAUCAACUGUAAUUUACUGUAAGUGUUUACUGUAAUGUACUGUAUUCUGUAAUGUAUGUGUUUCUAAAAUUGUGUUAUUGUAACUAGAAUGGAGAAGAUGAAUAUGGAAUUGACUGGGAUGGACCUUGUCCAGUUGGAGAUGCAGAACGAGUUGUUAUUGUUCCAGAAACAAGAAAUCCAUUAAAUGAUGAAAUGAAUGAACAGUUAAUGAGAAGAAUUAAUCCACUUGGUCCAAGUGAUGACUUUGGGACUAACAUAUAUAAUGCAUGUGUUAACCUUGUAACACAUUUACUGGGGCAAGUAAAUGGCUAG